GUAAUGUCAACACGGUUGAAGAGUAAUGUGGAGAAAAAGGUAUAAAGUAAACAAUGCUCUAAGUUAUGUUUUACAUGCCCUUUAUAUACAGCUGAUGUUUACCUUCGUGGUGAGAUCAGAACAUUUAACAACGAGAAAAGCGUCAAAAGGGUUCGUUUCGCAAACGUGUGAUAUCGAAUCGGCCAUAAACCUAACUACAACAUGUUCGCAGGAAUUCAGAUCCACAGUAGAAGACAAAGGAAAAGCCAUAAAAAGCAAUCCGGAGAUACUCUGUUGGAAUUUCUGCAAAUUAAGGGUAUGUCAAGAGAAAGCAAUGACGGAUACACAUUGCCAUGAGGAAGUCAAGUAUUUCAUAGACAGUAAUGUAAAAAUUGCUGAAGUUAUACUCCAUCAGUCUCAGAAAGUCAACUGUAAAUACUAUGAUUGUAAUAACUGUGUUACAAUUUUCCCUUCAUUCGGUUUUACUAUUAUUGUGUUUAUUUUACUAAUUUUUAUCCAGCAAAAUGCUUUGAAGAUGAAUUGUAAAAUCGCGUAGUGUAAAAUUAAAAGGAAAAUUGUAAUGAAAACAAACUCAGUUAAUAAAUAAAAAGUUU